AUGGCUGGUUUAAGGACGUUUGAUGCGUUUCCAAAGACUGAGGAACAAUACAAGAAGAAGUCUCAAAAGGGUGGUCUCUCUUCAUUACUGACGUAUCUGUUUCUGAUAUUUAUUGCAUGGACCGAAUUCGGUAAUUAUUUUGGUGGGUAUUUGGAUCAACAAUAUAUAGUAGAUCCAGAUGUUAAGGAAAAUGUACAGAUCAACCUGGAUAUGUUCAUUAAAAUGCCUUGUGAAUUUUUGGAUGUUCGUGCUAGAGAUUUGACAAUGGAUAAUAAAUUAGCUUCAUCAGAAUUGAAAUUCGAAGAUAUGUCAUUUUUUAUCCCAUAUGAUACAAGAAUUAAUGAUAUUAAAGAGAUAGUUACCCCAGAGCUAGACGAAAUUUUAGGGGAUGCCAUCCCAGCAGAAUUUAGAGAAAAGAUAGACAUGAGAAUGUAUUACGAUGAGAACGACAUAAACACCGCAGAACAUUUACCAGUAUUGGAUGGAUGUCAUGUGUUUGGUUCUGUUUCAGUUAAUAGAUUACAAGGUGAAUUACAAAUUAUGGCUAAAGGGUAUGGUUAUAGAAGUUUUGUCAAGACUCCUAUGGAUAAGAUUAAUUUUGCUCAUGUAAUUAAUGAGUUAUCUUUUGGUGAUUUCUAUCCUUAUAUCGACAAUCCGUUGGAUGGUUCUGCUAAGUUUGAUAAGGAGGAUCCAAUGACUGCUUUUGUUUACCACACUUAUGUGGUUCCAACUAUAUACCAAAAGCUUGGUGCCGAAGUAGACACAAAUCAAUAUUCUGUUGGUGAAUACCGUUAUCAUAAGCAUGAUAAUUCUAUGAGUAGCGUGAAUUUGGUCCCUGGUAUAUUCAUUAAAUACAAUUUUGAGAGUUUAACUAUCUUGGUAGCUGAUAAAAGGUUAAGUUUCUUACAAUUCAUCAUUAGGUUGGUGGCAAUUUUAUCCUUUGUGGUUUAUAUUGCAUCCUGGAUGUUCAUCCUAGUAGACAUGGGUCUAGUUACUUUGAUGGGUCCUAAAUGGUCUCUUCGUUACCAACCAGAUAUUGCAUCACAAGGUAUCCUACAGAAUUAG